AUGUCUACUUUUCUAUCCAUCCCAAACAAUCUUGACACGCUGGCCUUGUCUUCCGCUUCAUCUUCAUCUAUAUCUUCGUCCACGUCUACGUCCUCGCUCUUUGACAAUAGCUGCCUUUUCAGCUCUAGCUCCUCGCAGACGGAUAUUUCGCCUCCAACUUCGCCCUUGAAUGAGGACGAGGAAGAAGAUAGUCCUGAUAAGCGAAAGUUGCUCGUCGAGUACGACGAAUCUUGGGAAUCAUCGUGCAAAGGAAGACUCAAAACGCCCACGUUAAACGCAUCCAACGCCUCUCUCCCAGUCCCGCAGCACAGUCAAGGACUUCUGAAGGUCGAGUCUCCUGCAGCAGCAGCAGAUGAAGCUGGAUAUGAAGCUGAAGAAUCGGACGGCGAGGAGUCUGUCGCCCGAUUUAUUCUAUUGAAGAAUAAGAAGAAGAAGCUCUCGUUAAAGCAAGAGGAAUCAGAGCUCUCGAUACUCCUCUCUCCUGCUAUGACUGAAAAUAUCGGGCAGAAUCUCGGGUUAAACCCACUGACAAAGCCUGUACUGCGUCCCCAGUUUCUAGACCUAAAUUCACCUUCGCCCAUAGUCGCUCUUCCCUCUCCAAGGUCGUCUUCUGAUCCUAUCCCCCAUUUGUUCUGGGAUAUCUAUCCUUCUUCCUCAAGCUCUUCAGUCGACGCCAUUUCUUCUCCUAUAGUGAACAUUAACGACCGAAUCCAUCGGGGAACGGUGUUGCGCAAAACAACACAGAAGCCUCUUGGUUUAGGUCUCCGUCUUCCUGGGAAGUCUGGACCUUGUUCUCGAAACUCUGCACCCUCUAUCGAAAUAAUAAGGCCACUCCAUUCGUCGGACCAGACUGCGAAGGAGAAAGGACUAGUUGGAUUGGGGUUGAAACUGCCUUUGGGUUCGCCUCCCGCAAGUCCGUCUGAUUCAUCUUCAUCCUUUAAACCGGUUUCUGCAAAACGCCGAUCUCUUUCUGGACUUGGCAACGGACACCCCUCUACUCGGAAUCGAGGUCCUAGUGCCCGAGUAAAUAACGGUGGUGCUACUUCCGUUACUACAGUUCCGUCAUCCGAAGCAACUAUCCGUCUAGUAACUUCAACACAGCAUGGCAGUGGUUCAAUCCUAUUGCCUAAGAUGUCUGCCCAGGUGCUAGGGCAGGCUCCAGGUGUCGCGUCAGGCUUAGCUGCUGAGCUACUGGACGUGGUCACAAUUCAUCAGCGCCGAACCUCUAUCUGUUUGAAACCACUCCUAUCAUCGAAAGAUCACCACUUCACGAAACGACAUAUGUAUCCUAUCCUUGAAUCACCUGAAUCCUGUACUAACUUUACCACUAUCCCAACUACCUCCGCUUCUACCAUCUAUCCUGCCUUAAAUUUGACCUCUCCCCCGAGCUCGCAGCUAAGAAAGCUGCGUUCCUUCUCACGAUCGGAGAACGUGGGCGUCAACACCUGCUCUAAUAUGUCAUCUUCGUUUAGAAGGUCUUCAUCCUUGUGUUCUUUUCAACGUUCGCCUCGAUCUCCGUUGCAGCAGCUUGUCGACCGUGGAUCUGAGGAGCUCUGGCAACCUGCUCCACAGAAGGAUCCGUAUCUCAUUGCCCACAAUAUGAUUGCGAGGACACUAUUCUAG